AUCCAUGGCAUGCCAGAGAUAUUGUCAUCAUUCCUCAGUGAUCACCAGUAAUAUCACCAACAUCAUAGGAAAUAUAUGUAUAUAUCUACCAUCACUACUGCUCACUAUCCAACACUGAGAGCUAUCUUUACUAGGUGGAACCACUAGAUUUCUGCCAGGGUCUUUUUUAUUUUUGGUUUUUAAGUACAUAAUAUAAUCCUCUCCUUCUGUCCUCUCACAGGUGGAAUGUUUAGGUAGAAUCUGUAUUCUGCAAAUUUGAACCCAUUGCUCCAUGUCCUAGUCUCCAGAACAGCAGAAAACAUGUCUGCCCCCUCUUCAAUGGGACAUGACUAUCAUGUCUCAUCUCAGCCUUCUUUUCUCCAAGCUAAACUCACCUAGCUCUCUUUCAACUGUUUCUCAUAGGGCAUGGCUUCCAAACUUUUUAUCAUUUUGGUCACCCUUCUCUGGACAUGGAUCUAGCUUGCCCAUAUCCCUCUUGAAUUGCAGUGCCCAGAAUUGGACACAUUAUUCCAGUUCCUCAGCAUGUUUUUCCAGCCUUCCAUUCUCCAUUGCCAAUUGAUAUGCGUCACCAGGAAGGACGAUACCAUUAUGAACCUCACUCCAUUCAUGCUAUUCAUGGUCCUGCUCUAAGCGGCAGCCCUGUGAUCUCUGACAUCUCCCUCAUCCGCCUUUCCCCACACCCGGCGGGGCCUGCUGAGUCCCCUUUCAGCCAUCCGCACCCGUACAUGAACCCCCACAUGGAACACUACCUCCGAUCCAUGCACAGCAGCCCUACCCUCUCAAUGAUCUCAGCUGCCAGAGGACUCAGCCCAGCUGAUGUAGCCCAUGAGCAUCUAAAAGAGCGAGGUCUCUUUGGCCUGCCCCCGCCUCCUCCUGGAGCCAACCCUACGGAUUACUAUCACCAGAUGACACUCAUGACCAGCCAUCCAAAUCCUUAUGGGGACCUCCUCAUGCAGAGCGGAGGAGCAGCCAGCGUGACACACCUUCACGAUUACCUCAGCCCUGUAGAUGUAUCAAGAUUCUCCAGUCCAAGAGUGACUCCAAGAUUAAGCCGGAAGCGAGCUCUUUCAAUAUCUCCCUUGUCAGAUGCCAGCAUAGAUCUCCAAACAAUGAUCCGGACCUCUCCAAAUUCCUUGGUGGCUUACAUAAAUAAUUCCAGAAGCAGUUCUGCAGCUAGUGGUUCUUACGGUCAUUUAUCUGCUGGAGCAAUAAGUCCUGCCUUCACCUUUCCUCAUCCAAUCAACCCAGUGGCCUACCAACAGAUUCUGAAUCAGCAAAGAAGCCUGAGUUCAGCGUUUGGACAUACACCUCCUUUCAUUCAGCCAUCUCCAACAUUCCCUUCACGGCAGCAUGUGGCCGUCAUUUCUGUUAAUUCCAGUCCGGCUCAAAUCAGCAAUAGCAACAAUUGCAUAGCUGAUUCAAACCAGAGCAAGCUGAGCAGUGAGUCAGCUGUUAGCAGUACUGUCAAUCCAGUAAUUAAUAAACGCAGUAAAGUCAAGACUGAAAUGGAGACUCAACCACCAGCUUCCCCACCAACUCAGGAGUAUCUAACAGACUUGAAAGAGGAGCUGGAUAAAGAUGAAUGCAAGCAGGAGCCUGAAGUUAUUUAUGAGACCAACUGUCACUGGGAAGGUUGUGCAAAGGAGUAUGACACACAGGAACAACUGGUCCACCACAUCAAUAAUGACCACAUUCAUGGGGAGAAGAAGGAGUUUGUGUGUCGUUGGCAAGAGUGCACCCGGGAGCAGAAGCCAUUCAAAGCACAGUACAUGCUGGUAGUACAUAUGCGGAGGCACACUGGAGAAAAGCCACACAAGUGCACGUUUGAAGGUUGCUCCAAAGCCUAUUCACGGCUAGAGAACUUAAAGACACACCUGAGGUCUCACACUGGAGAAAAACCUUAUGUCUGUGAACAUGAAGGCUGCAAUAAAGCUUUUUCUAAUGCUUCUGACCGAGCAAAACACCAGAACAGGACGCAUUCCAAUGAGAAACCCUAUGUCUGUAAAAUUCCUGGCUGCACAAAGAGGUAUACAGACCCCAGUUCCCUCAGGAAACACGUGAAGACGGUGCACGGGCCGGAAGCCCAUGUCACCAAAAAGCAACGCAAUGAUGUUCACCUGAGACCACCUGCCCUUAAGGAAAACAACGACAAUGAAGCAAGUGCCAAGCAAACCAGCAAGGCUGCGGAAGAGCACACCGAGGCAAACAGCACUCCCAGAGGCACGGAGGACUGCUUACAAGUCAAAACUAUCAAGACGGAGAAUUCUGUGAUGUAUCAGUCCAGUCCUGGUGGCCAGUCAUCAUGUAGCAGUGAACCAUCACCACUUGGGAGCACCAACAACAAUGACAGUGGAGUAGAAAUGAACAUGCACAGCGGGGGAAGUCUGGGGGACCUGACCACAUUGGAGGAUGGCACUCCUGUUGUAGACUCGACGGUCUCAUCUGGCAACUCAACCGUCAGCCUUCAGCUGAGGAAGCACAUGACAACAAUGCAGCGCCUUGAGCAGCUGAAGAAGGAGAAACUCAGGACAGUGAAGGAUGCAUGUUCUUGGGCGAAUCCAGCACCACACGUCAGAAACACCAAGCUGCCUCCCAUCCCAGGCAACAGCUGUCUAUUGGACAAUGGAGGUGGUAUCUCUACAGCACUGCCUAAUCAGAGGUUAACAGAGCUGUCCAUCAAUGAGGUCACAAUGUUGAAUCAACUAGCUGAACGCCGUGACAGCUCAACAAGCACCAUCAGCUCUGCCUACACUGUCAGUCGCAGAUCUUCAGGGAUAUCUCCAUAUUUCUCUAGCCGUCGUUCCAGUGAAGCUUCCCCAUUUGGAAACCGCCCUAAUAACACAAGCUCUGCUGAUUCCUAUGACCCCAUUUCCACAGAUGCCUCUCGCAGGUCAAGCGAUGCUAGCCAAUAUAGUGGCAUCCCAGGUCUUCUGAACCUGACACCGGCUCAGCAGUACAGGCUGAAAGCAAAGUAUGCAGCUGCCACAGGUGGCCCUCCACCAACUCCACUGCCUAACAUGGACAGAAUGACUCUGAGAAAUAAGAUCUCCCUCCUUGAUGGGGCAGAUCCUGCUUUGCCUUCCUUUUGCUUCCCAUCUGGGCCAAGGCGUUGUAGUGACAGUAUGGCUUAUGGGUAUGGAUCAUCACCUGCCUUUGCCCACGAGGUGGCAGGUAAUAGUGCCAGGCGUGCAAGUGAUCCAGUGAGGAGACCUGCUGGAGAUCCAACAUCCCUCCCCAGAGUCCAUCGUUUUAACAGCACCAACAACAUGAAUCUCCUUUAUCCUCCUGCAGACAGAAGGAACUUCAACUUGGCAAACUUUACACAUACAGAGGGAAAUCUCACUAGGCACAUAUACUCUCCACGGCCUCCGAGCAUUAGUGAAAAUGUUGUCAUGGAAGCAAUGGCUGGUGAGACAGAUGGUUCUGUAGGAGAUGAUGAUAUUGUGCUACCUGAUGAUGUAGUACAAUAUAUCAAAUCACAAAACAAUGCGAUGUCUACGGAUCACUCUUCCACAGGGUAUGGGAAUGAGAUGCAGAACUUCCAAGCAAAUGUAAAAGAACAACAAAACAACAUGCUGAGCCAACACAGGAUGGCUCUUCCUGACGUGAGUAUGAAUCAUACAAUCCCAGUUGUCAAUGGGUGUCAAGUAAAUUUAGGGGCCAACUCUAAUUUGAGUAAAAACAACAUGCCAGUCCAAUGGAAUGAGGUCAGCUCAGGUACAGUUGAUACGUCUUCUGCUCAGCUGAAGCAACAAGCCCCUCAACGGAACUUAGCUGUUGUCCACCAGAAGCAGAACUUUGGGCAAUAUCAAGACUUCAGCCAACAGCAGAUGCAAAUGGGUCAAAGUAAUGUAAACAUGAUCCCACAACAGUUUGUGCAAAAGAAUGCAGGACUGGAUGGACCGAGACUAAACUGCAUGCACUUACGGCAGCAGCAGCAGCAGCGGCAGGUGCAUCCAGCUCCUAGUAACAGUGCAGAUAUGCGGGCACAUGAAAUGUACAAUCAGGUUCAUCAGAUGCUGAGUCCACAUACAAUGAGCAGUGAGCUCAUUGCUUCUCAAGUUCACUCUCAGCCUGCUUCUCAAGUUCACCCUCAGCACAUAGAUGCUGUGGGUGGUUCAGUUGGAAUGGUUAACAGUAGCAGAGAAUGCAUAAUGCACAAUCAGGCCAUGCAGGAACCAAGGCACCAUCCAAACCACAUGAACUUUUCAAUGACACAGGAGGCGUUCCAUCAACCUUCUACCUUAAUGGCCCCAAGUCAAUCAAACUUUGAACCACAACAGAACAUGACUGGCACAGUUGGGCAGAGUUUUCCUUCUAAUGUGGUACAGCCUCAUCCUCCACCUAAUCCCAACCCAACAAACAGACACCGAGGGAUACGUGCUAUGCAACAAAUGGGUUACAUGAGAAUAUCUCAACCAACUAAUGAUCUGAGUCCAGGGCAGCCAAGGCCAGAACCAACCCCUAAAAUAACAGCGGGUAUAGCCUCAUCACAAUCAGACCAAUGUCACAACAGUAUGAGAGAAAACCAUUUGAUGCACUAUUAUGGUCAAAUACACAUGUAUGAACAGAAUGGGAAUUUUAAUAACCGUGCAGAGUGUUCUAUAAGGCAGCAACAGCAGUGUUCACUGAAUGUCAAGCCAGCCCCCAUGCCCUCUCCUGGAGCUAAUCAAGUUUCAAGCACUGUAGACUCUCAGGUUCUGGAGCCUCCUCAGUUAGAUUUUGAUGCCAUCAUGGAUGAUGGGGACCAUUCCAGUCUGAUGUCAGGGACCCUGAGUCCUAGCAUCCUACAGAAUCUCUCCCAGAACUCUUCUCGCCUUACAACUCCCCGGAACUCUCUGACACUGCCAUCUAUACCGGCUGGAAUUAGUAAUAUGGCAAUAGGAGACAUGAGCUCGAUGUUAACGACACUGGCAGAAGAGAGUAAAUUUCUUAACAUGAUGUCUUAAUGCUUAAAGCACAACAGACUAGAAGUAUCGAAGAGAUUACAUGCUAAGCAAUUUUAUGAAUGUGCUUUUUAAAAAUAAAAUUUCCAUAGAGUAGACUUUUUUACAAGUAUUAAAUACAUUAAAAGGAUUCCAAAUAAGGAAGAAGUGUCUUUGUAAAAACUUGUAUAAACUAUAUAAAAGAUGCACUGAAAUAAUGCACCAUUAGUAUUAUUUUUGUGCUUGUUUUUCCAAGUGCUGAAAUAUGCCACCAUCAUUCUAGACCAGAACUUUCAAGCGUUCCUGUUUGUAAACAAUAGGGCACAUUUAGUAUCAUGCUUAAAAGCUAACAAUCACAUCUUUGUUAGUUUUCCAGUAUUUCCUUCUUGCAGAACCAUUCAACCUCAGCCCCUAAGUUUGCCAAAUGUGGAGCGCUACAGUCAUGCGCAAAAAUAUUAAAAAGCACUGUUUCAAACAAAGUUCUGCUUUGUAAAACACAUGUUUGUUGUUGCCUUUUUGUUUUCUCUUAGUUAUCACUGCAAAAAUGCAAUCUUAUGGUGACAAAUACAAGGAUAUAAUUUUGACCGAAAUGCAAAAGCCAUACUAUGUAUGUUUAAUGCUUAAUGCUUUGCUUCAUGGCCAGAAGUGUUUGUAUGUGUGUGCAUGCGUGUGCACAUACAGAAACAUGCACAGACACACAGCAUCGCUUAUACAGCUAAUAUAUUAUAGCUUAGCUGAGAAGCAUCAGUUUUUGAGCAGUUUUGCAGUGAAGUGCCUUAUUUGCAUUAGUUGUUGAGUCGUCAAGGCAUCUCUUGUCCAUUAACGUCAAAUAAAGUAUAUCACCAGAAGCAUGUAUAAAAUAAAGGUACAUUUAUAUCAGGCAUUGCAAUAUUGCUUUAAAAAAGACAUUUGAGAGGGACACAUUGAUGGGGAGGAGAUGUGAAAGAUUAAUGUUCUGGUUUUUUUAUCAGAGGUGGUUUUUAUAAAGGGAUUUAUAUCAUGAAGAAUGGAGUGGAGGUUUGAAAAUGCCACUAAGGUAAAAAAAAAAAUACUUCUAGGAGGAGAAAGGUCACUGGGAUGCAUGGCAUUUAUUUGUUCUUUAAAGAUGUGGACCACUCAUAGUUUCCAUUGACUUCACAUUGGAGUUGAAAAGGCAAGGAGGACAGCCUCAUCAGAGUUGGUUAAAUAAGUGAUUAAACAAGUGAGGCUACAGAAGUUCUGCAGUUUUUUAUAGGACUUAGGAAAUUGAUUGCCCCAUGUUGCAUCCAAGUUUGGAUGUGGUCAGUCCCCUCAUUGAUCAACAUUCCUAUGUGAUUUUGGGUAGCCAGCUUCAUUCUGUUUUGUAGAUGGUUGUGAGUUCAGGUGUUCAGAUCUUCAAGUUACCUUGGAGAAAGGCAGGAUGUCAAUGAGCAAACCAGAAAUAUGGAUAAUGAAGGUCAGGGAGAUUUUCAUAUCCAUUCUGGGCAACCAAAUUAAUCUCCUUUGCAAGUAAUUUGGUAGUUGUGCCAUCUGAUAUGUGGUCACACGGUUGAUCAUAUAGUUGCCAUGUGUUUAAAAAAGACCUGGUGUUUGUAUAUAUUGCAGCUCCAACAGAACUGACAGGGAGAGAGAGCCACCUUCAAAUUGUGGCUGUGGCCUCAAGUUUGUAGCAUUAUGCAUUUCUGUCAAUGGAAGCCCUUAUACUACACAAUAAUAUUAAUUGAUUCAUUGAUACAAUGGUUUCUAUUUUUAGCACAUUUAUUUAACCAAAGUUUAUUUGUCAGUCCUUGUGUCAAUACGUUGGUGGCUAAAACCUACAGGAACAGGUAACAGUAAUGGCAGAGGUUCCAGUCCAAGUUUGUGGGACCCCAUGUCUGUAGGACGCUUUGCAUUCACAAUAAGAUAAUUCAGGGCAUUUUAAAGGUAUUCCAAUAUACAUUUUUCAACUUUUAUAACAUUUUCCUACUCUACACUUUUAUUUUCUUCUCAGCCCUUCUCCCAAAAAGAAUAGGAAAUCAUUGAGAACCACAACAUAAUAAUGUAAUUUUUCAACAUUAUUCUUAGCAUUUGUUAGGUAACGGUUUUCCCCGGACAUUAAGUCUAGUUGUGUCUGACUCCGGGGAUUGGUGCUCAUCUCCAUUUCUAAGCCGAAGAGCCGGCAUUGUCUGUAGACACCUUCAAGGUCAUGUGGCCAGCAUGACUGCAUGGAGUGCUGUUACCUUCCUGCCUAUUGAGCUACUCACAUUUGCAUGUUUUCAAACUGCUAGGUUAGCAGAAGCUGGGGCUACCAGUGGGAGCUCACCCCACUCCCUGGAUUCGAACCACCAACCUUUCGGUCAGUAAGUUCAGCAGCUCAGCGGUUUAACUUGCUGUGCCAACAAUAGUAGAAAAUUUGGUCCUUUUAAAAAAAAUAAUGCAUUGGAAAUUGGGAACACAGUACAUUUAAACAGUAACUUUCCAAGGUCUAGGUGAACCUCAUUGCUUGUGCUGCGUCCUGCGUUUGUUGCCCCCUAGAAGGAUUUGAUUCUAAUAAUGAAUCUGGAGUGUGACACACUUCCCAAGGUAGUCAAGUUCCACAUCACAUAUCUAAUAUUUCCAUAUCUGUUUACACCCAUGUUUUGCUUUGUCUGUAAGUGGGUUGCUGUGGAAUGUCCUAACAUUCUAAAUGCUAUAACCACCUCCAAAACUAUGAGAAUAAGGCAUGAUUAGAAGCCCCACAGAAAUUGGUGUAAGGUUCAACAUACAUUAUUCAUUGUUUAUUCACUCACAAUAUGAGACCUGAAAAUAAUUGUAGAGGCAGGCUAGAAAGAACAGGAUCUUCUGAGCACUGCAUUGGAACUACUUCUGACAUUAAACUAUGAGAAAAUGAACUAGAUUCUCCUCCUUUGGGUACAAUUGUACCAUGAUAUUGUCCUGAUUAGCACACAAGAAGACUCUGGACAUGGCUGUGAUUUUUCAUGUAAUACAAACAACAGUAAUAAGCCAUUGAUAGUUACCAUGGUCUAGUGGUUUGAAUUAUGGAUCGACUCUUGGAAACCAAGAUUGAAAUUGAUGCUUGGCCAUGGAAAUGCACUGGGUAUCUUUGAGCAAGUCACGCACUCUCAGCCUCAGAGGAGGCAAGCCCUUUCUGAACAAAUCUUUCCCUGCAAAAUGGAGUUAGGUCUCCAUAACCCCAAAAACAACUUGAAAGCACACAACAAGCAGCCAUUAAUUGCAAAAUAUCUUGGUUGUCUGAACUAUGAUUACUGAACUAGAGUUCUCUUGACAUGUAAUAAGAAUUGCAGGAAGGCAUCAAAGCUUAAGUAUAUUUUGGACAUCCCAUGCUCCAUACAUUGCCAGGUGUGAAGAAUGCAUGAUAAUAUGCGGAUUUGUAAACUCCUAAAGCAAAAGGGAAAGAAAAACCUACUCAGGCAUCAUGUUCUUCAGCUUUACAAUGAUGGUUUUCAUUUAUUACUGUAAUAGUAACCACAAUACUGGCUCUGUAUAUAUUCUGUAUAGAAGACAUUCAUUAUUAAGAGUACUGUAGCUGAAUUGUUCUGUCUUUGUAUCUCCAGGACCUUUUAAGCUGUUUUCUACAUCAUAAGAAUGGCAGUCACAUGUUGAACUGUAUAUAAAUGUUUUGUACAUUAAAAAGUAAUUUUUUUUCAUAAUA